AUGGUGCUGUAUAAAAGAAAGCCCAUCGUCCUGCCAGCUCCGAAGUCACUUCCUGAAAAUCUGAACAUCAAAGUUUGGCAUAUCAAUGAAACGGGAGAAUGGUUUACUACCUAUGAAGACUAUUUAGAGCGACUUGAUUUCUACACGCGGCACUAUUUCACCUGUGAAAUUACCGGUGCAUCAUGCUUAACCUUCUUUGAAGCCCUCAAUAGUGAAGAAAUGCAAUUUAAGCAUGUAGAAGAGAAAUUUCCUCUGAAGUUGAGAGAGCCAGUUGCGAGGUUUCUCCACUUUAACGAGGUCAGACGAAUCGAUCUUUUGGUUGAGCAGGUGUAUGCCAGGUUCAAAAACGAUUAUUUUCCUGGCGAAACUGUAUUCUUGAGAAAAAGUGUAAGCAAAAACUCGUCACCCACACCUGGAGCAGAAGAUGUCGAAGCUCAACAUGCACAGCACCAAAAGCCUUACGUUAUAAAGGAGAAGGCUCAGUUUAACGCCAUAAUUGAUCCCAUUACUGGUGAGGAGAAGUCUCCGGCAUAUUCAAAGUAUAUGAUUGUUGAGGCAUCCGGGUUGCGAUCAGUGAUAGCGGACCAAAAUCAGAUUUACCGCGACCGAACUACUUUCACCAAACACCUAAUAAAAUGCUUUUGCAAAAUAACUCUUCGUCGUGCUUCUACUAAGAUGGGAGCGCCAUGGUGCGUGAAAGAGGAGUACUUACCAAUGUAUGGACUUUCAUUGGAAUGGCCCGCUGACAUGUUAAAAUAUAAGGACGACUAUGCAGAUACUACCACACGAAUCCCGUUUACAUCGACGGCAGAAGAAAAUAGCGAUAAAAGAAAGGUGGAAAUUGAUCAAGCUGAAGUUCCUGAACCAAAAAAAACGAAAAAUGACGAUGGUUUGCAGUCCAAUGAAGUUCAAUCUCAAGCUCAGUCUCAACAAAUUACUAGUAUUGUUGACGAUCUGAAAUUACCUUUUGCAGGUUCACGACCCAAGCUCAAAAGCGUUUAUUACUACAGUAAGCUUCUUAAUCAUGUUAACUUAGAAAAUACUGCGGAAGUGUUUCCUGAAAUGGGAAGACUACUGCAAGUCUAUCAAUUUAUCAAUACUUUCAAUGAGACUCUGAACAUCAGUAAUUUCACACUGGAUGACCUUAUUACGAGCUUUAAAUGUACGAGCCCAGAUGAGUUGAGUGGAUUAGCUGUUAAAGUAUCUGUCGAAAAGGAUAUUUCACUCAGCGAGGAUGUAGAUGAGGGACUUGACAAUGUUACAUGUACUGUAAAUUCUGAAAAUGAAUUUAUGAGAGAGAAAAUGCAGGUUGAUUCAGAUGUUUUUCAGAUUAUAGAUCGUUUGAGUACGGAGCGCACGAAGUACCAAAUUGUCAAACAGGAUAGAGCAGCAGACGAAUUAUUGGAUGAGGCGCCCCUCAAGGGCGCGGCAUUGUUAGUGGAAUGUUUUGCAGCAAUUUUAAGGAUGUUUAUUGAUGAAACUGGAGACUGGAAUUGUAUAGUUGCAGAAAAUUGGUACAGAGAUGGUGAACCCAAGGGAAAUCAUAAUGAUCUUAAUUUGAAAACAAAUGAUGAAGGGAUCAAUGACACACUGUCUAGUGAAAACACGCCGAGUUCUGAACCUCGCAGUGAAUCCCAAAUUGAUGAACUACUUGAUAAAUGCCUUCAAUAUCGUAAUGUAAAUUGGUCCGAGAGGUUGAUGAAUAGACAGUUUCAAAACGGGUAUUGGCUAAUAAUUGUGCUUGGUAUUUAUCAAGACUGUAUGCACUUGCCGAUCUACUCAAACUUCAUUCAAAGUUUUGUUGAAUUGGUGGUACCUAUCGAUGGGGCAGGGACUCAGCUGAACAAGAUUCUGUGGAGAAAUUUUUGCAGGAAUCUCGACAUGGAACAAAAAGUUUAUGCUAUGUGGAUACUUGUUGAUCUACUUUCCAAUUUUUCUUCAGAUAUCAAAGGAUCCCUAGAUGACUCAAUGGAGAUAUGUGGUCAAAUUCGCAGUGAACGCUUCAAAAUUGGACGAGACUUGAAGUCUUCAACUGCAGCGUUGCAGGCGUUGGAAAAUGAUCUAAGAAAUAUAGUUGAAGAAAACAGCAAUCCUGAUAAAAUCGAAGAACUUAAAGAAAAGAUUUGCAGGCAAAAAGAGAUCGUCGAAAAUCUUCAGGAGGAUAGAAACUACUUGGAUAGUGUCUUGUUUGAAAACGAUUUACAGCGAUUGAGGUCCUUAGGAUCAGAUCGCUAUGGCAACCGAUAUUAUUGGUUAGAGCUGAGUGGUGUAAAAAGGCCCCAAGAAAAUGAACAUAAUCCCAAACCUGGCUGUUUAUGGAUCCAGGGGCCCUCAAUUAUCGACGCCCAAUAUUUCCUACAGAUAUCAAAAGAAGAAAUUGAAAGGUGGGUAAAUAUACGAGCAAAGAAAUCCUCAAAAGCAGCCACUGAGGAAGUGUUUAAUAUUUAUCGAGUCCAUGAUGGGUCGUAUAAGCACAAGGAUGGUAAUGGCGAAACAGUUUUGGUCGACGAAAACGGUUCAGUAAAUAAUUGGAUUGCACUAUCUCCCAUCCAAAGGAAAAUAAUCGAAGAAGGACCAGAGUCAUUAUUAUUGUCAGAUCAACAGUGGCUCUCCGUUGAAGCUGUUGAAGACUUUGAGAAGCUUUGUGGAUGGUUUGACGUCUGGGGCAGACGUGAACAUGACUUAUCGAGACAAUUGAAGAGCGUAGAGAAAGAAUUGAAGCUCAGUCUAAGAUUAAAAGAACAGCAACUAGCCUCUACGACAGUUACUUGUCGUAUCACAAGAUUGCUGAAAGAACUUGACGAGAGCCAAAUUUCCGAAGAUGAAUGGGAUGCGAAAGCCCGAAUGAGAUAUAUAGAUACGAAAGAUGAAGAGGAGUUGGAAGCAAUAGCAGAAAAAAUAAUGAAGCUUGAUGAUUCUUCGAAAACGAGACAUGCUUUGAAUGAAAUAGAUAAGUUGGAAGCACGCAGAGAUGAACUUAUGGCUAGAAAACUUCAAGGAGGAUUGGCAAAACAAGAAAGCGCAAGGGUCCAGCUGCGUGCCGAACGUCAAAUCAAUUCAGUGAGUGUGAAGAAUCGCUUAAUUAACCAAGAAACAAUAUUGACAGAAUUAAUUAAUGUGAGAAAUCACGAAGCUUACAAGCUUUGUACUUUUUGGAAAAAUGCUACUGCUCUAGAACUAUGGGGCACUUCGUUAUACGGAGGCGCAAAAGGUAAACCAAAAGGAAAAGCACGAAAGAGAUUAGACGAAAAAAUGGGAGAUAUUCUCCGAUCCACUUCUAGGAAGUCCACCAGCGCAGUGGUGUCAUGA